AUGCCACUAGUAGACUCGAGGAUUUGUUUCUUUGCGGGGGGUGGCUGGGCCCAACGCUCGUACUCGACUGUCCCUGCAUCGAGUGUUCUCUUUGGCCAACCUGUCCAUGAAACGCAUCCCCACCUCCUUGCGCCAGGCGAACUCACUCCCGGCAUCACAGCCCAAGAAUAUCACGAGCGCCGCGCAAAACUUGUCGCCGCAUUGCCGACAGGAUCCGCAGUUCUGCUGCCUGCCGCUCCAGUACAAUAUCGCUCUGGCGCCGUCUUCCACGCCUUUCGUCAAGAAAGCAAUUUCCUCUAUCUGACCGGCUUCAGCGAGCCCGAGUCACUAGCACUGAUAGUCAAGACGGGAUCCCAAGAUGAUGACUACACAUUCUAUCUCUGGUCCAGACCAAAAGACCCCAAGCAAGAGCAAUGGAACGGACCUUGGAGUGGCGUAGAUGCAGCGAGAGACGUUUGGAACGCCGACCAGGCGGGCGAUAUCGGACGCCUUGAGCAAGGGCUGGCUGACGCCUUGAAGGGGGUCAAGAAAGUCUACACCGACGCAGAGCUCACCAAGUAUGGCGUCUCCACCAAACUUGGCAAUACGUUAAGGGGUGCUGCGUCCGGGGUAAGCACUGCGCCUCUCCGGCCAGUGCUCAACUCGCUCCGUGCAAUCAAGUCGCCAGCGGAGAUAGCAUGCAUGCGCCGUGCUGGCCAGGGCUCCGGAAGGGCCCUCACAAAUGCCAUGCGCCAGCAUUGGACAUGCGAAAAGGACCUCGCUGCUUUUCUCGAAUACGAGUAUCACAAGGCAGGGCUUGACGGGUCUGCCUACAUUCCUGUCAUAGCUGGUGGCCAGAAGGCACUGCUUAUUCACUACGUCCUCAACAAUGGGCUAUUACAUAACGGCGAGUUUGUCUUGGUCGAUGCUGGAGGAGAGUACGGCACAUAUAUCGCCGACAUCACCCGCACCUGGCCUGUUUCUGGCAAGUUCGCACAGCCACAAAAAGAUCUGUAUGAAGCCGUUCUCUCUGCACAGCGAUCGAGUGUGAGCUUGUGCCGCGCCAGUGCAGGCGUCACCCUCGACAAGUUGCACAGCAUCACCGAGACUGCUCUGAGGAAUCAGUUACAGCAGCUGGGAUUUGACCUCAGCGGCGACGCCAUGAAUGUCUUGUUCCCGCACCACGUUGGGCACUACAUCGGACUCGACGUCCACGACAUCCCUGGCUACUCGAGGGGCGUCACCUUACAGGAAGGCCACUGCAUCACAGUGGAGCCGGGUAUUUACGUUCCGGACGACGAGAGAUGGCCUAAGGCCUUCAGAGGUCUCGGCAUCAGAAUCGAGGACAGCAUAGCAGUUGGCCAGGACAACCCAUUGAUUUUGACCACGGAGGCCGUCAAGGAGGUCGUCGAUAUUGAGGCCCUGAGAGAGCCUGCGCAUCCAAUUUUCAUGCAUGCAGGAUUGUCGUGA